AUGAGAUGUGAAUUCAUUUAGGCAUAAUCGUAACAAAUCUACUAGAAAAUCCCACCUAUACUCAAACCUACUUCUGAUGUUUAUAAUUAUACUAAGGCUUUACUUUAUUUAGGAACCAAUUAAAUUGAAGAUGAUUGGUCUGCUGCCAAAUUGAAUUUUUAACAAGCAAUCAAUAGAAUUCUCUAAGGAAACACAGAUAAGAAAAAUUAUCUCUUUUGUGAAAAAAUGUUAUUAAAGUCCUACAAUAAACAAACUUAAUUAGGUAAAGAUUUGUAUUAAUUGCUUAAAAAUUGUUUGAACUUUUGCAAAGAAGAAACUAGAAUCAAAAGGAGCAAAAGUGGUUAAACAACGUCAAAAAGAUAUGAUCAUAAUUUAAUUAAUAACUAAACUAAAAUUGGGGCACUUGUAAAAUCAUUCAAAGAAGAAUAUUAAAAGAUGAUAGAAACUAGGCCUUCACUUAAAACUAAAAUGGCAGAGGAAAGAGUUAAUAAACAUAUUGAAUAAAUAAAAGAAAAAAUAAAAAGAACCAAUAAAACAUGCUACUUUAUUUCUCCUAAAAAAGAACUGUAAGAAAAAGCCUAAAGUUUGAAUAAAUGA